AUGUCGACACUCGCUUCAUCUCGAAAGAGGGCGUCGACCCCCUCUUCUCCAAGCACCAGCUUGAGUAAGAAGCUGAAGCUGACAAGCAUAUCCCCGCCUCAGCCGAUGUCACCCGCGACGCUUAUGACACUUUUCAACCAAAAUCCAGCCGAUCUCAUGCCAGAUCUGCGGAUGCAGGUGACAUGUCUCAAACUGUUCCUCCUGGUAAUUGCGCGCAUGCCAGAACCCACGCCAAAUGGGAAGAAGGUGCACGAAGUUGGGUACAGACAAGCUGUGGAGGCCCUCAACAAGUUGGAUAUCCUGGGUAUUGCAACAAAGAGAAUGAUCGCUGCGGUUAAUGAUAUUGAGAAACUUACGAGGGACAUUGAUGAGAUUCUGGAGUUUGAAGCGCCGUCUUUUCCUAAUGUGCAGCUGAAGAGGUCAUGUGAACAUUUCAUGGGUGCGUAUGAGGAGAGGUUGGCCAGCUUGGAUCCCAUGAGAGAAAAUGGUUGUAACGAUAACCCCGUUUUGCUCCCCGAGGCAACAAGUUGGCGCGACACAUAG